AUGGGGCCACAAGAAAAACGCCCCUACAUGUACACCAACCAGCUGCGUUUUCUCAGGCCAGUCAUGGAUUUGAGGCCUACUGUGGACAGUCUUGAAGAUCCAGAAUCACAGCAGUCCGAUGUUGGAGGGGCAGAUACACCAGCGGUGUUUUUACCAGAACCCAGUCCUACACAUCAACCCCUUGAAGAACACGAGCAGCAGACGGGGGAACCUGCAAGGGCUGCAGAAGUGUUCACCGAGGAAACCCAAAGGCCACAGACUCGGCGUAGGAGGGCUGCCCCUCAGGCUUCUUCUGGGCUAGUUACUAAAGAAUUGAUUGACUCUCAAGUCAUUCAGUACCUAGCCCAGAAGAGGACUGAAGUGCGGGAGGAAACUAUGAUGAGGGGCCUGGCUCCUUUAUUGCAACGGGUACCAGCUGAGAACCAGGCAACGUGCAUGGCGUCCCUGCCCCUGGUGCUGGAGAUGUAUGGCCACCCAUACCAGGGGGACAUACAUACUCUCAUUGAACGGGUCAGGCGCCAAGUGGUGUUGCCACAAAAUCCACAGCCACCACCUUCCCACCUCAGCCACCCACAUGCCAAGGACAAUCUUGCCCACCACCAAUGUAUAUCUGUCCCAAAGCCAGAACCAGCCUUUGUCUCAAGGCAAUUAUCCUGCCCCUUAUCCAAAAGGGGCCCAGGAUCCAGGACAUGGUCGUCCCGGACCCUCAUAUGCAGCAGGAUCCUUCACCAGGGAUGUUUUUGA